CUAGGCCCCCGCCUGCCGUUGUUGGCGUUCUUGACGCAGCCGCUCUAGGCAGCAGGAGGUGGCUCUAUGGCCCGGCGGGGCCGGUGUCCGCUGGUGGGCCGGUGCCCGCGGGCCGGGGGCAGCGGCCGGGUGAUGGAGGGGAGAAUCCUCUCAGGCCUUCCCUAGGAGACUCGAGGCAGACCCCGUCGCUCUCGUACCCCUGCAAGAGCCCCGGCGGCCUGGGCCCGGCAGCGGUGCAGAAAGUUUUUUUGUGAAGAAAUGGCUUCCAGCACUGGAAAUGAAAACAAUGUGAAUCCUGUGCUCAGAAUAAGUCAACUUGAUGCUCUUGAACUAAACAAAGCCCUGGAACAACUAGUAUGGUCUCAGUUUACCAGCUGUUUUCAUGGAUUUAAACCAGGGGUGUUGGCUCAUUUUGAACCAGAAGUAAAAGCAUUUUUAUGGCUUAUAUUAUGGAGAUUCACUGUCUAUUCCAAGAAUGCAACUGUGGGACAGUCUAUUCUGAAUAUUCAAUACAAGAAUAAUUUAUCUCAGACAGAGAAAUACCAACCUCUGAGCAAACACCAGAAGUUAUGGUAUCUUAUUUUCACUGUUGGUGGAAGAUGGUUGGAAGAAAGAUGUUACGAUUUAUUUAGCAAUCGUCAACUGCAAUCAUUCAGCAAAAUUAAGAGUUAUAUUAACUUUGGAGCUGGACUUCUUAAGAUCUGUGGACUUAUAAAUUUUCUGAUUUUUCUUCAGAAAGGAACAUUUGCAACACUUACAGAACGGAUUCUAGGAAUUAGGUCAGUUUUUUGCAAGCCGCAAAGUGUUCGUCAGGUAGGAUUUGAAUACAUGAACAGGGAGCUCUUAUGGCAUGGCUUUGCUGAAUUUCUGAUCUAUCUGCUACCACUUAUUAAUGUACAGAAACUGAAACUUAAAAUGUCUUCUUGGCGUUUGCCUAUUGGUGGUCUUUCCAAGAGUGAAAACACUUUAGCAGCUCACUGCAAGGAAUGUUCCCUAUGUGGCGAAUGGCCUACCAUGCCUCAUACCAUAGGCUGUUCGCAUGUUUUUUGUUACUACUGUAUUAAAAGUAAUUACUUAUUUGAUAUGUAUUUUACAUGUCCUAAAUGUGGCUCAGAGGUACACAGUCUUCAGCCACUAAAAUAUAAAAUCGAAAUGACAGAAUUGCAUGCCUGAUACAAGAUCGAUUUGCUUUUAUACUGUACUCGAAAUAUUAUGUUAAAGAGAUUAAUGGAAAAAUUCAGAGGUUGUUGUAAACAGACAGCUUAAAGGUGGUUUUGGAGACUGUAAUUUGUUGUAACAUAUGUCUCUACUGGUCUUAGUUUUUUACUCAGUAACAGUGCCAACUUGCUUCUCUGAAGGGAAGAAAGAAAGGAGUUCACCAUCUCUUCUAUUCCCUCAGACUACUUGAUCCCAAUUUGGUACUCCUAUCUUCUCAAGUCAUUCCUUAGAUCUAGAGUCCGUCAGGCUGCCACUUCCUAGCUGCAUGCUAUAUACUUCCCUCAAAGACACAAAAGAUGCCCAGUAAGCCCGUACCCAUUUUGUGGAUUUUCUCAAGGUCAUUGUAAAAGCUUCUUCCAUUAUCAACUUAGCUAGUAGAUGGAUAUAGUGGGAAAGUCAUCCUUGUCAUGCCUAAAGAAUAAUUUCAAAUUUGAAUAUUUUAAAUUUAAUUUCUGCUGUGAUGUUCCACUGCAAAAAGGAAAGGUGUAAAAUGAAUUGUCAUCUCAGCAGAUUAUUAGUUUUCAUCAUACUCACUCACCAUAACAGGACAUACACUUUCUCUAACUCAGAAUUGCUUUCUUACCAAUAGACCAUAAGCUUUAAGUGAUUCAUCAGGUAGACAAGUAGAUACUCCAUAGUUAGCGUGUGCCUACAAGAGAUAUAGCCACUUCCUGUGCAAAUACAGUGCACCUUCUAGAACUUAAUGAGAUGACUGAACUAAUUUUUCUUAGUCAGCCAUAUAUAUAUGCCUGUGAUCUUCAGUGACGUAUAUAUGACCACCUCCCACUUCUUCCUAUAAAGCUGAGGGACGAAGUCCAUCGUCCAUUGGAAUGGGGCAGCUGCCCAAGGUAACCUGCUUUCUUCUGAGUCAGACACUGGAGAAAACUGUUUACUCAUAAGAUGACAUCUUUGGGACUUGUGACUUUUUUAAUGUGGUUGAGGUGGGUGCCAAACCUCACUAAUAGCUCACUACCACACAGAAAAAAGAUCACGCAGAGUUAUGUGCAGGUAGAUAUAUUAAAAAAAUAGGUAACUCUUCCUGGUUUUUACUAUUACUAUUUGUUUUCUCUGUUGGCUUUGCAGUAUUUUUAUUAUUCCUUCUUUUAACACUUUAUCCAUUUAUUCUCUGACCUGGUUUUAUAAUUUUUUUUUUUUUUUUAUUUCAGUCCUUUUUUAACAGGAAGUCUUACCCAGAAGUGUCUCAUUAGCAUAAAAAUACGUUGCAUCCUAUUUUGGAUCUUAAAUCAAUUCUCAAACUUACAUAGUUAAAUGGAGUAAAUCACUUUUUGGUGGCUGUGUUCCUGAUUGGCUGUCAUCAAUAGUCAGUCCCCAAAAUAGUAUGGUAACAACUGAUCCAAUAUCUUUGAUCUACUUUUAUGAAAUGGUUUAUUACAUUCUUCAGUGUCUGAUUAAAACAACCCACCAGCCUAUUUGUUUGAAGAUCUUAAAUUCUAGGUUUUGAUCUUUAGAGUGACACACAGUGCUUUCAUCUGAUGCAAUUAAAUAUAGUUAGCGGGUUUGUAAGUAUCUUUGGGCAGCCCAAAACUUCAUUAAUUCUGCUGCUGUUCUGUGAGUCAACAGAGACUUCAGAGCAACUGCUUCCAGAUCCUGUGCCGCAAUAUAUUACUUGCCAUCAAAUGUGUAUAUCAGCAGCCUGCUGAAUUUCAGUUACUCACCGUUGCAGUUUGAACCAGCAGGUACAAAUCUGUCUUUAUUAGAAGUAUCAAAACUGGCAAGUCCAUUAGAGAAUAUUCUGGAGUCACUUGCUGGUCCUGAAGUGAUUCUCUAUGAAUUGUCUCUCCACAUCACUUAAAUAGCUAUUCCCAACCCUCUCUGACUUCGAGGUGGUCAGUUCAACCUUCACUGAGUAGUAGUCACAACUUGGAUUGAUGAGGUCAAGGUUUCAACCUGCAUAUUGCUAAACUACUUGUUACCACGUUAGCUUUUUAGGACUCCAAAAUGAAUACUCAGCAGUUUCUUUAUAGCACUGUUAAAAUAAAAAAACACCUUUUUUUCAUAUUGUAGUUCUGUUUUGUUGUGUCUUGUGAUAUAUGAACUGAAGUCUUGAAGAUAUUAUAGGAAAAAAAUAGUUAAUUUGUAGACUAAUCAAAGGAUUAUUAAUUCUUCAUAGUAACUGCAUUGAUAAUUUGUCCUCAUAAGCAUUAUAUUUUCAAGUUAAAACUACUAUAAUAAAGGACUAAGAUAUAUCUAGUGAUGCUUCCUGCAGCAGAAGGAGUAAAAUUUAUUUUGAAAUGUUAAUCUCUUCAGUCAUUUUCUCUAAACAAAAGGGUUUUAGUGUUCAUGUACCAUGAGAAUGUACUUCUGGGCAGUUGUAUGUGCAUCAGGGAAAAGGAUAAAUGUCUAGAAUUUAAGAAAGCUAAAAGACCAGAACUUUCAUUCACUCUUGGAUAGGAGUUACAGCUCUGUAUUAAGUUGUAUUUGUGCUCUGUUGUGUGUCUGUGUGAUACACAAACGUUUUUAUUGUAUCAGAAAUCAAAAAAGCCAUAACUGAAACAGACUAAUUAUAUUCAUAAACACAUCAGAAAACUUUUAAUAUCUUCAUUUGAAUAAGAAUUACUAGUUGUCAGGUGUGAUUUUUUGAUGCAUUUAGAUGAAGGAAGUCGGAGAAUGUUGAUUCCUUGCUUCCACAAACCACCACCACUCCAUCUACUCUGUGUGCUCUGAGAGGUCUUGUUUAAGUGAUGUUAUGGAAGUCUUAAAAUCAGGAGUUUCAAUAUUCUGUAAAAUAAAUGGCAGGGAUAGUAUCUGCUUUCUGUAUUACCUGGAAAUAUUUCUUUAUUUUUCCAUAAGUGUGAGAUGAGACAAGCAAGGAUGAUCUCAACAAAAUGGUGAAGACAUGAUGUUAAGAACGAUAAAAAAUAUAUUUCCUAAGUACAAUCUAAUUAAUAUUCUUAUUUGAGAAUUACUACAGUUGUUAUCUGGCAUAUAUCAUUCUUAUGAAAACAAAGUUGACAAAUAAAAGAUACUUUUAACAGGA